AUGCCUUCCGUGCUGAUGAAAAAACUAGCGCUAAUUGACUUACGUUUAACAUAAAGGUAGAUUGUUAAAGACACCAUACCUGAGUAUUAUAUAAAUCUCCGUUUACCUGUUGAGAAAAGCUAAUUGGGAAAAGAAUUUUGUAAUCUGUCCUCCAGAUUGAUGCAAUAAGCUGACAUUCUUAACUUUAUAUUUGUCAUUCAGACUGAAUGUUUGAUGUUUGUGUGAAGUCAUAAAAACUUUUUCCUCUAUAACCCAACAAUUUCAUUUUUUAGCAUUGAUGAUUGUAUUACUUUGAUCAGAUGCUGGUUUUGUGAUGAACAAAUGUGGUAGAAAAACAUAACAAUUUUUGAAGGACUUUAAAACCUUAAAACGAUGAUGGUUUCUGUACGGAAAAUUGACAAAUUGAAUUAUCAAGUGACUGUAGGUUAUUUUAUUUGACUAAGACAUUUUAACUAGAUAUGGAUGAAGAAAAGGAGAGAAAACCAAUCAGCCUAUACAAAUUAAUGAAGUUAAAUCCUCAGCGAUAUCACAGUAUUUUCUCAAUGGACAUUUUUCAUCCAAGACAUUAUCGUGAGAACAUUAUGCCAGAGUCACCUGAUAUUAAAACACCAACACAGCAAUCACCACUGAAUAUGACUGGAGGUAUGGGCAGUACAGUUAGAGAUGUGCCACGCCCACAGUCAGGGGGAACAGCUCUGCCAGCAUCAGGAAAUCAUUCACCAAUUGGAAGUAUCAACGGUGGAACUAUGUCACCAAAUUUACUUGUUAACUCUUCUGUUAGUCAGCAACUUCCUCCUGCAUGUGGAGCACGUCAGCUCAGUAAACUGAAAAGAUUCCUGACAACUUUACAACAAUUUGGUUCAGACAUUUCACCAGAGAUUGGGGAGAGAGUUAGGACAUUAGUAUUAGCACUAGUUAAUUCCCAUUUAUCUAUAGAGGAGUUCCAUAGCAAGCUUCAAGAAGCUACAAAUUUUCCAUUAAGACCAUUUGUGAUACCGUUUUUGAAGGCAAAUUUACCUUUGCUACAGAGAGAGUUACUACACUGUGCAAGAAUGGCAAAGCAGACACCUCAGCAGUACUUAUCCCAACAUGAACAGAUACUUUUUGAUCACACAUCUCCCCCUAAUGAGCCCCAAGAUUUUUCCAGUGAAUUUAAUGAGAAUGGCAAGAGAAGAUCUCCUGACAGACCAAAAGAAAACGGUAUAGACUCUCAUCCAGAUCAUCCUGUGAAAAGAUUGCAUAGCUCUCGGGUCAGUCCAAAUGGCAUACUCAAUCUCAAUGUAGGACCAAUCAGAUUAGAAGAUGUAAAUCUGUCACGGGAAUUACGGGAGCAUGAGCGACAAGAGAGAGCAAGAUUGGAACAUGAUCCUAUAGAUAGAAAACAUGAUAGAGAACAACAUUACCCUUCAUAUAACAAUUACACCAGGUCUGAUUCAUUUGAUCCUUUAGACAGAAUGGAUGAUGAUUGGAGACAUGUAGAAACUAUGUUGAAUUGUAUAAUUGGUAUGGUAGACAAAACAAAAAGAGCUCUGGCAGUGUUGCAGGAGAGGAGUUUACGAGAUCGGGAGGAAUUGUCAUUAUGGAUGAGGCGACAAGCUGAGGGCAUGGACCAGGACCUAAAGAAAAGAUCAUCAGACAUGAUGUCACAUACACUGAGACAAACUGAAGACAGGGUAGCUGAUGUCAGAAGAAGAGCUGAAGAAGCAGUGAAUGAAGUAAAGAGACAAGCAAUGUUAGAAUUACAGAAAGCUGUCAAGGCAGCAGAGAUGAAAGCUAAUGAGCUUGUUACAACAGAGAGAAUUAAGAUGGAAAGGGCAGUAACUGAUGCUAGAAAGCAAGCACAGGAAGAGGUCAUGACAAAGGUCAAUCAUCAGGAGGAAUCCAGUGAGAGUUGUUGGAAUUGUGGGAGGAAAGCCAGUGAGACAUGUAGUGGAUGUAAUACAGCACGUUACUGUGGAUCCUUCUGUCAGCACAAGGACUGGGAAAAUCACCAUCUUGUCUGUGGGAAAUCUCGCUCAUCAGCACCCACAGGCCCAGCACUCAGACCAGACUCACAGAAGUCUGCCCCCAGUAGCCCCCCUCAGGAAGCUCCAGAUGUAGUAACACAACCAGAAGCUAGUCCGGUUAACUCUGUAGAACGUUUGUCUGUGUCUCCACGAUCUAGUGCAGGAUCGCCGUCAGAACCAAAGACAAGUGACGUGUCAAGAUGAGAAAAACAAACAGCAUUUAUUUGCUUCUAAUGUAAAUGUGUUUUCUUGUUGUUAUCAAUGAAUUUCUUGCAAAGAAUUUUGUUGAAGUGUUUGUUAUAAGGGUUGGAUCAGUACCUGCUUGACAGUUUGAGGAUGAAACAGUGCUCUAUGUUUUGCAAUGACUGGAAUUAUAUUUCAUUUCUGGAGUAAAUUUGUUGUCAUUUUGUUAUCAUUUGAAAUACAAAUGGUCUUUUAGUACCAUGCUGAACAUACUGAAAGAGGAAGUUAAUCACAAAUGAUGUAUUAGAUUUAAACAUGAUUAUGAUUCAGAAUCAUUCAGGGUCAUGUCUGCAAGCAAAUGAUUUAGGUUUUUGGUGAAUCGCUAUUCAACAGGUGCUUUUAUGGGCGUGGAUUCAAAAGGGGAAAAUAAAUGUAGGAUCUGAUUGAUCAGGAGUAAGAUAUGGUCAUCAAUAGAUUUUUAGAAUAUAUCUUUUUCAUCAUUUUUUUCCUUGAAUGAGGUUUUAGCUUGAAUUGUAAACAAAGUAUGUUUCAGAUAAUAUUAAGAGUAACAUAGCUUAUGACUAAUGACUAAAUCAUUAAUAGCAUAAUAUUAAGUCAUAUAAUAUGUAUAUAUUGUGAUUCUAUAUUUGUAAAAUGCACAGCAUUUUGUGUUUGUAUGUUUAUGUAUAAAAAAUUAUUUGCAAAUCUGUGAUUACUUUAUUAAGCUUUAAGUUUUUGUUUCUGAAGAUGAUAUAGUGCUGACUCGAGUUUUUAUUUUGUUUCAUUGAUACUUCUAGAAUUCCAAGUUUCAGUAUUUAUGCAUUGAAAGGAAAUAUAGUUCAUCAUAAAUUUCAAUGGGUUUUUGAACAGAUAUAUCAUGUUAAGGAGGGGUAUUUGCGAAAAAUACCAGUCGAGAGAAUGUUAAAUUUCGCGAGCCGUAAGGCGAGGGAAAUUCAUUCUCAAGACUAGUAUUUUUCGCAAAUAACCCUCAAGAACAUGCUAUAAAUGUUAAUUACACCGAAUGUUAACGUACAAAACGCAUUGAUGAUCGUGACAUAAAAUGCAUUGAUGAUCGUGACAUUACAAGUGUCCAGUUAGAUAGAGUAUUUUUUGGCAAAUACCACGGCAGAGAGGGUAAGAAAGGCAUAUCCUUUUUGCAUAUACCCCGGCGCUGUUAAAAAUGAACGAUAUUCAUUUGAUAAAAGUAAAUUGGUGAAAAAUACACUGGCUAUCAACCAAUCAAAACCCAGAAUUCUUACAUAAGGUGUAAUUAUAAAGCAAAAAUCCUUAUAAAUGAAAAGUUAUGGCAAAAUCGUAAAAUCUCAAUUCUCUUUUUGUGUAUUUCUGUUAUGGUUAUGAUCAGACAGAAAUUUUGACAAUAUUUUCUUUUUAUUCCUAGGCUUAUGGUGUAUGAUUAACAUGAACACAUAAUUUUAAAGGGAGAUAAUAAUGUUAAUCCUUUUGUUAUGAUUUUAAGCUGAAUAUAGAGAAAGAUGCGUUAUAGGGCUUUCAGUUAAUCAUAAGCUUUCCUGGUCAUUCCUGUUUAUAUACAAAAAAAUGUCAGCCUAUUUUGUGUAUUUUUGAAAUUAUAGAUUUUGGCAAUUUAAUAUGAAAAGAUAUCUAGAUUUCAAGCUGACUUAAUGUGAGUGAAAUAAUGUUUAAUAGUUAAAUAUAGAAAGUCAUCUGUUGAUAUUUUUUUUAAUGAGCACAUCCGAUUUUCUUAAAAAUUUGAAACCUUAAAGCUAGUCACUUUAAACGUAGGAAGACCAGAGAAAACAAAAAGAUUUCUAUAGACUUUUCUUUAUAUGCUGUUACUGUAUCAUGUGUCAUCUAUUUAUGGAUAUUUCAGGGUAAUAUUUGAGGUUGAAAAUGUAUAUUUUGGCAUUUAUUUUGUUAUCUUUAUUUGUUUUUCUUUUUAUGUCAUACUCAUUUUAUCGUCCCUUUGUGCCAAUUUAGUAUACUCUGUUCAUUCAUUUCAUAAUCUAGGGGAGAUCACUCUUAUUUUUUUCCAAGUUUAUUUGUUUAGGAAAUAUUUUUCAUCUAAAUCAAAGAAAAGAAUUACUGUUUUUUCCUUUACUUCUAUAUUUCAGAAAUUGAAAAUGAAUUGUAAUGAAUUAUUUUAACAUCUUUUCAUUUCGUGCCAAGUAUUUUAGAUGGUUAGCCUGUUACAAGUUAUCUUUAAGGACAAUUAUAUUAGAUCAGGGCAAUCAGUGCAAAAUGUGAAUUUCAAAUAGCCUAUUGACAAUCAUUUUAUGACAAUAAUGUAACAUGAACUUUAAUUUAAUAUAUUUUAAGAAACCCACAAGGUUGACCAUGCCCCAAAUGUCCCAUUCACUCAGGAAAUGUGCCCCAAAAAAGGGGGAAAUAACCAAUAUAAAGAAUGUCUUAUUGAAAAUAGUCCAGUUUAAAAAAAUUCCUCCAGAUCACUUGUUUUAAGGGCUCAUUAAUGCUUUGAAGGGGAGAAUUUACAUACUGUGAAUUUAUUAUUUCUAUGGGUACCAAUUUUUGUGGAUUCAGGAUAAAAUGACUUGAUUUCGUGGUUUUCACUAAUUCUUUAUACAAUCCCAUAGAAAAUGUGUAAUUCGUUGAAGGUUUAAAUUAUUGGUUCACUGUUACCCACGAAAAUGAGUACCCUACGAAUAAUAAUGAAUUCACAAUAUCUCUUUACAAUAUAUUGUAAGUUGCUUUCCAGAUAAAUUUAGAAACCGAAAGGAAAUUAAUUGAUUUGAUAUUCAAUGAUUGUCCCUCAGUGAUAUUUUUGAUAUUGUAAUUGAGUCCUUAUAGUAAAAUGUUAUUUCUUUUUUUCCUUUUUUUUUGUAUUUAAAAGUCCUGGAUAUAAAGGAAAACAUUGAGAUUUGACUUAUAUAUGUAUGUUAUAGAUGUAUAUGUAUUUAAUGUGCAAUAUGUCUGACUUCUGUCUCAUUCUAUCAUCAAUAAAAUACUCAAAAAUAAAA